AGAAGAAAAAGAAGAAGCGACGGUAAGAGAUAGAGUGAAGGAAAAAUGGCAACAAAACAAAAGCAGAGAAAAGAAGAAAAAGAUGAAGAAGAGGCAUCAACGUCAACCCCUCUCCUCACUCUCACUCUCCCUCGCCAUUCAACGCCCCACAAACCCCUCCUUCUCCUGAUGUCUCUCUCUGCUUCCGGGGCCUUCCUCGUCGCCUUCCUCUUCUCCUUCCUCUUCUUUUACACCUCAACAACACCAACAUCACACGCCGCACGACCUCUCACAAAGCUCCAACACGACGUCAUUCUCCUCAUUUCCUCAGACGGCUUUCGUUUCGGGUACCAGUUCAAGAACCCCGCCCCCAACAUCCGUCGUUUGAUCCAAAACGGCACAGAAGCCGAAACCGGUUUGAUUCCUGUCUUCCCCACCCUCACCUUCCCCAAUCACUACUCCAUCGUCACUGGUCUCUACCCUCCUCACCAUGGCAUCAUCAACAACUUCUUCUUCGACCCCUUCACCGGCGAAAAGUUCACCAUGGCCACCCACGACCCCAAGUGGUGGCUCGGCCACCCCCUUUGGGAAACCGUCGUCGACAACGGCCUCAAAGCAGCCACCUACUUCUGGCCUGGUUCUGAGGUACACAAAGGUUCCUGGACUUGCCCUUCGGGCUAUUGUAUGCACUAUAAUGGUUCUGUUCCCUUUGAGGAUAGGGUAGAUGCUAUUUUGGAGUAUUUUGAUUUGCCUAGCGAUGAAAUCCCUUCGUUUAUGACCCUUUAUUUUGAGGACCCUGAUCAUCAGGGUCAUCAGGUUGGGCCUGAUGAUUCCGAGGUUACUCGUGCUGUUGCUAGAAUUGAUGGGAUCAUUGGGAGGUUGAUUAAGGGUUUGGAACAAAGAGGGGUUUUUGAGGAUGUCACUAUUAUUAUGGUGGGUGAUCAUGGGAUGGUUGGUACUUGUGAUCAAAAGCUUAUCUUUUUGGAUGAUUUGGCUCCUUGGUUGAAGAUUCAACCUGAUUGGAUUCACUCUUAUACUCCAUUGCUUGCUAUUCGUCCACCUCCUUCUUAUGAUCCUGCAUAUGUUGUUGCCAAGAUCAAUGAAGGGUUGGAUUCCGGGAAAGUUGAGAAUGGGGGUAAGUUGAGGGUGUACCUCAAGGAAGAUCUGCCAGAACGCCUUCAUUAUGCGGCCAGUAAUCGGAUUCCACCCAUAAUUGGUUUGGUGGAUGAAGGAUUUAAGGUUGAGCAGAGUAGAACUGGUAACAAGGAAUGUGGGGGGGCACAUGGUUAUGACAGUGCAUUUUUUUCCAUGAGGACUAUUUUCAUUGGACAUGGUCCUCAGUUUGCGAGAGGGAGGAAGAUACCCUCCUUUGAGAAUGUUCAGAUUUAUAAUUUGGUUACUUCCAUCCUCAAGAUUAAGGGUUCGUCCAAUAAUGGGUCUGCCUCGUUUCCGGAGUCUGUUCUUCUACCUAGUGCAUAAUAGAACUGAGUUGCUUGAGAUGAGAGUGUGUUUUCUAAGAAAUAUGCUUUGAAAUAUGAACAUGGUGAUGAGAUGAUGCAGAAAGAAUAGGUGUAUCUUAUUCUUGGAUUCUUUUAGGAUUAAACUAAUUUCACUUUGAAUUACUUUGAUUUUUAUAUCUGUUGAUGGAUCCUCUUUAUUUCAUAAUUUGAUCCACACGUUACUCGGUUACUGCUAUGUUCGCUAUGCAGUUUAUAAUUCAAUAAACGCUGUUCUCGAAAGUUUAAUGUUUUCACAUUCUGAUGUGGGGCAGACCCUAAAUAGCUGCAGGCCUCGAACAAAUAGCAUAAUUCUAUGUGUGUUAAAAAUCAGUAUACUAGAUGCAAAUAGCAUAUAUUAAUAUUAGUUCUACGAGUGGUUUCUUGUUAAGUUUAUUCUAUUUGUUGACUGAGAUACACAUGCAACAUUUUGCCUUUGGCCGGUGUUGAGUUGUAUAACACCUUCAUCUCCUACGUUUCACUCUUUUGCAGGCAGAGUUUGCAACACGAUCCUGCCCUUUUUUUAAGCAAUGACAAAUAAUGUGCUUUUAACUUUUCAAAUGGCUUGUUGUUUCCCAAAUACCAUUUACUACUGGAACAUUGUUGUUGGGUGAGAGAACCUAUAGGGAUGUAGAUGGAGCAUCUCUUUUCUGUAUGUGAUUCUUCUAUAUAUAGAUUCCCUUGUUAACUUCGGCAUUUUACUUAAUUGUUCCUCUUCUGGGAUAUCAUUCAUAUAGUUCUAGUUCAAUUUGGAAUUAUGUCAUUACACGUGUGUGUUGGGUAUUAGGUAGGAAGUGAAUGAUACCUAAAUGGCUGAAUCAAAAAUUCGAUUUGGAGGGUGAGGGGGUUUGGUUCAAUUUUAUGCCUUUUCAUUCUUGGAACUGCUUACAUGGAAAGCUGGAUUUCCUUGUUAAAUACUUUAAUGUAAAUUUGGUUUCCUGAAAUAGUAUUUGCUCUGUAUACUCUCACUUUCAUUCCUUUGACGUGGGAGUCCUACAUUUCCAUGGCAAAAUAGUACACCCUAGAGUAAUAUUAAUGAAAUUGUAUUUUUUUCUUUUUAAAAGAAAACUUCAACCAAACGCUUCCUUUCAAGUUUUAAUAUAAUCUACCAUUUCAUGACCCUUUCAACUUGGGGAGGUCUACGGUGAGAACUUGUGAUCUGACCAGAAAUUAGCAGCCAAUAAUACCAAAAUUGUUUGAUGUGACGAGCUUUUUAAACCGUGGCCACAAGUUCAUUUUGUCAUAUCGUAGUCAUCAAACGUGACUUGGUAUCGACCCAAAAAAAUAAAAAUAAAAAUAAAAAUAAAAACAAAAACGUGACUUGGGGAAUGAAAGGUUAUUUGUUUCGUUACUUAAUGAU